AUGUCUAACCAAGCUCCUAGCCAGUUUUCAAAAAACAACUCACCUAAUGCAAGUAAUACUAGCACCCUGUCCAAUUCUACCAGUUAUCCUCUGGAACUAAAAAGUCUUAAAACAGACCUUCAGUCAGAAAAACCAAUAUGGCCACUGAGUGUCUAUGGUCACGCCAAACACCAGGUGUCUAUUAUUUCAGGCACCGACAUUUCUCAAGAGGAGGCUCGUUUGAUCUUUGAUGAUGAACUUAAACAAAAUGGAAAUCUUGCUGGAUAUUUGAAUAAAGUCAAUGAAGCUUGCACCAACAUGCAAAAUCAGAUUAAUCAAUGUCUUUCAAGCCCUUCUGCAGCAAAUGAAAUAUUUAAACAGCGCACUCGAGCAAAUCAGUCUACUGGAUCAGUAUCUGGAAAUAACUCGUCUUUGUUUGGUGCCAGUCGUUUUGGAUCUUUACCAUCACAAACUCAAACUCAAUCUUCAUUUGGAUCUGGUAUCUCAACUGGAAAUUCAUUUUCUGCAUUGGCCAAUAGUACUAAAAGUAUAGCGAGCAGUCCAUUUUCUCAAUCUACCUCAUCGCAGUCUGUAUUUGGCCAAUCUUCGUUUGGUCAAGCAUCAACAGCAGGAAACUCUGUGUUUGGUCAAUCUUCGUUUGGUCAAGCACCGGCAGCAGGAAACUCUGUGUUUGGUCAAUCUUCGUUUGGGAAAACACCGGCAGCAGGAAACUCUGUGUUUGGACAAUCCUCAUUUGGGCAACAACCUACUACUUCAUCCGUGUUUGGACAAUCUUCAUUUGGUCAAGCACCAGCAGCAGGAAACUCUGUAUUUGGACAACCAUUUACCAACACACAAUCCAGUUUUAAUCAACCGAUUUUUGAUCAACAACCAGCCACUGGACAGCCUGUAUUUGGUCAGUCUUUUGCUCCAUCCCAAUCAAAUCCUUCAAAUGGAUCUGUGUUUGGCCAACCUCAGUCCACAAUGAACGCGUUUGGUGGAAAUCAGUUUGAGCAAUCCCAGAAUUCAAUCGAGCCCACUACAAAGCCCCUUGCAUCAAGUGGUAUUUUUGGUCAAAGUACAGCAUCAAUGUUUAGUGAUGUAGUCAUUACCCCUACUGGUCCAACAACUGAAACCCAAAAUAUGGAUCCUCAAAUUCUAUCAGCAUUUACCAAUGCAGCAUUUGAGUUUGGUAAAAUCCCUGAAAUUGAGCCUCCGCCACAGUUUCGUUAA